AAAAUGGAACGGCAGCUCUUUACAUUUACUCUAAAUAAGCAAGAUCUACGUAGUAUAAAGCUACAGGAAGAAGACAAAGAGUCACCCUUGGGUCAAUCUUCGAACUCCACUGAUGUAGAAACUGACAAUCAACCUGCUUCGAUAGUGGGUCGGAGAAACACAGGAGAAAGUCCUGAUAAUAUGUCUGUUUCUCACACCAAAUGAGAAAUUGAUUUUAGUUCAUUUGAUUACAUUGUCUCUCACAAGUCAGAGCCAAUGAAGACACUUGAGAAUACCUUUUCCCCAUAUACUUCUGAGCUCUAGAAUCUAAUUCAAAAGUUUAUCUGGAGACUCAAGGGACCUCUCAUCAGAGGCAUCUAUCGAAAAUGGUAGCACAGAAUAGUGAUGUUUCAGUCAACCUAAAUUCAGAUCCAAGCGAGGAGACACAUGAGGCGGGACAUCACCAAGAUAUUGAGCAGAGCCAAAAGUGCUCAGCAGAGUCUAUUUAAGAAGUGACUGGAGAUCCUGAAUACAGUCGAAACAGAGGAUGAAAGUGAUAUAUUCAUGGAUAUUGACCUCUUACUUGCCAAGAUAAACUCCCUGGCAAUGCUUUAUCGCCAUUAUACUGGGAGAACUCUCGAGGUUUCAGAGAGCAACAAUGUUUCACUGAGCCUAGACCUCAGCUUUGACGGUGACAGAGAGUUUGUCAGCAUCGUUCAGAAUAUCCCAGAACUUGAGAAUUUGAAGAUCAUUAAUUUCGAUGAAUGCGAUGAAGAUGUAGAGAUGAUCCUUAGGGACAAGCUCUCUUCAGUAGGGAGCCUGUUCCUUGCAGCAGAGGGGUACUGCAUAGAUGCCAAUGAUUAUCUUGAGAUUGUUGCUGAGAUUAGUGAGCUCCGACAUCUACAUCUUCAUGGAUUCAUCAUCGACAGUGAAAACUUGGAAAGAUUAUUAGAGAACCCAGGCUUACAGUCUCUCAGCUUUUAUUGCUGAAAUUUAGGCAUAGAUGAGUACCUCCAGUGCCAGCCAUCUGAAUCUCCUGCAGUUGGGAUGAGAUGUCUAAGGUUCUUCUUUGAUGAGACUCCUUCACAGGAUAUGAACAAGUUUCUCCAAGUGAUAUGUGAGAGCGAGUUGAUGAGCACUCUGGAAGAGCUUGUUUUUGUCAAGUCAAAAAUAUCAAAGAACGACCUUAUCAAUUAGUGCAG